GAGCGUGAACUGGUGGUGGCCUCUGCUCGUGCCGAGGAGGUCCUCCUCCAGGUUACUAAACAGGCUAAUGCCGCUCAGACCGUCAAAGCGCAGGUGCAGACUGUGAAGGACAGGGCGCAGGUUUUGGUUGAUGCUAUUGGUCGGGAGAAGGCCAAUGCGGAGGAGAAGCUAGAGGCGGCCAAACCUGCAUUACAGGAGGCAGAGGCUGCCCUUGAGACCAUCAAGCCAAGUCACAUCGCUACUGUCCGAAAACUUGGAAGACCACCUCACCUCAUUAUGCGCAUAAUGGACUGCGUCGCCAUCCUCUUCAAAAGACCUCUGGAUCCGGACACUAUCAACGCUGAAACAGUCGAGCUGAUGGAGCCGUACUUUAACAUGGAGGACUUCAAUUUCACUCAGGCGAAGCGCACCUGUGGCGAUGUUGCGGGUCUCUGCUCCUGGACCAAGGCUAUGGCCUCCUUCUUUGCCGUUAACAAGGAGGUUCUACCCCUCAAG